AUGCAGAACCGGGUCCAAAAGCGACGCGGCUUGACUGGCAAGCUUCCAGAUGGAAUUCAAUACGUGUUGGACCUUACACCCCCAACCGUGGACGAAGAUGCAGUCAUCUUCUUGACCGAGCUCUCGUGCCCUAUGAGUAUCAGAACAUGGGCCUCAAAACAAGAUAUAUGGAGGCUGCCGUGGCAGUGCGUUGGGGGACAGGAUGAAUUAGAACCCAUCGAGCAGCUUGCACAAUCCCCCAGAUCACCCGAGUCCCCACCCGAUACCGAUGCCGACCAUCUUAAAGCCUCAUCUGAAUCACAGGACCAAUCUCUAGUAUUGCAGCCUGAAAUAGUGAAGCAGAAGCGCUUGCCCGUGGAAUACUCGGCCUCACGUCAUCGUGAAGGCAUUGAGCAUAUUCUCCACGUUCUAGAAGGACUAAACCCUAAAAUAGACACUCCUUGCAAGCUGUGGACUUUUUUUGCGCUCGCCAAAAUAUUCGACGUGGCUACGGUGCCGGCCAUCUGCGACCACAUCAUCUCGUGGUUCUACCAGCUCAACAACAUCCGAUUCAUUGAACUUCAUCCUGAGGUAUCAUAUCGAGUGGCAUGUGGUAUCAAAUCUCUCUGCCUCUGCCGAGAUGCUUUUGUUGAAAUGGUUGGGGACGAAGCCCUGCUGUACCUGAUUCGGGCCACAGGUUUCAAACCAACCGGACCAAUGGAAAGCUUGGUGCGGAGCCGGAUUUCUGAAGCUCUAGACGACGCAGAGGUGCAGCGUAUUGAAUACGCUAGCAAGAGUUUUGGUGACUACGUUAUUCGGUGUUUCUUACACUUGACCGGGAGUGAAAUGCCCUGGUUAGCACACAUCGUUGAGUUCCAGAAGCUCACCCGCCAUCUUCAACUUUAUCCCGCAGAUCAAGAAACCGUAAAUCAACUAGUCGUGACGCUGAAGGAACUCAUCCGUGACCGUAUUUACGGUGUUUUGGUUAAGACAAAAGACACAAAUCGCUCAUUCCAUGUGGCUCCGAACUUGUCAAGAUCCGAAGACCCAUACCAUCGAUGGGGCACAGACAAAGGAUUUAUCCUUCAGCGAUUAAUUGGGAAAAAGUUCUGGGAUGCGCUGGUGUGGCUGGAUCUCAGUCAGGAUGAAGCACUUCGUAAGGAGUCUCAUUCUUCGAUUGCAGAAAUCGGGAGUGGCUCGCUGGCCUUUGGUGGUGAAACCGCAGCAAGGAUUCGCCAUGUGUCGCGUGGGGAAGUCCGCCAGAUGACCUAUGCAUUCAACCAAGCAGUUAGAGCAAGAUCUAAGGCUCGCAAGGAGGAAGAGACUCUGGCUGCGCGACAUGCGGGAGGGCACGUUGUGAUGGAGAUGACCAUUAACGUCCGGCAGUCACAAUCUGGCAACGAGGUUGAUAGCACCUCUAACAACGGCUCUUUCCUCAAUCCCGCUCCUGCUCCCACCCCUCGCCCAUCUCUUCCGCCUGUAUCUUCACUGCCACCAAAGACGGACAUUUCAGCAGAAAUGUUCCAAGAAAAGACAUUCAAGAAUGAGGUUGAAACUUUCCUGAGGCGAUACGCACUAGAGAUGUUGCAGGAACCUGGUCCAGCCACCAUACGACACGAACUCACAGAUACCCUGACCUGCCUCAAAUACAAUGAAUUCCAAUACCUACCUCUAUGGGCGGGCGGCAAUGACGAUGAAACGGGUGGUGUUUUCACCGACUUGAUCAUUCCGGCCAUGGAGGUCGGUGGAUUCUCAGGUCCCGGGCCCGCUGUGCACACUGGCAGUGUCGUCUCGAUCAGUGAUUCGCUCUGCGAGAUCAAGCCUAGUGACACCCAGAGCACCAUUUAUGGUGCAUCUCACAAUGCCACUCACAGUCACGCCUCGGAUAUCAUGUCCGUGGACUCUACCGACUAUUCCCAGUUUGGGCUCAAACACGAGAAUACUGAGAGCCACGAUGGAGCGCAGUGGGACACUUGCAUGCAUGUAACCGAGCAGGAUGAUGGGACUUCAUCACUGGGUUUUGACCUGACUACCGACGAGGAAUCUGAAACACGGAGCAAUGGCACAAUUACCAUGGAUAUGGUAUCCCCUGAGCCUUCCUGCACUGGUAGCUUCGAGGAUGUCGACAUGGACAAGGAGAACGAAGGUAAUUAUACUGAGUUCGAAUUAGUUGAUGUCCACAAGUAUCUUUGA